CAGAGCGACGGUUGUAUAAAAGCAAGCGAGAAGUUAUACCAUGUAUCGGAGGUACCUAGACCAGCUAAACACACAAACUAGUCAGCUCAUCUCGGAACAGCAGCAAAUUACACAAAAAACAAAAAUGUCGGCCGAGCCAGAAUACAAGAAAAUCCCAGUGGCUGAGUUAUGGGCGAAACUUCAGGCAGCAAAAGAUUGUAAAUCUUUAUUGAAAAAGCAUCUUACCCAGGAAAGAUAUGAUGCUUUGAAGGAUUUGAAAACAAGCAUUGGCGGUGACCUUGGGGAUUGUAUCCAGUCAGGAUGCCUGAACUUGGACAGUGGAGUUGGUAUUUACGCUUGCGACCCUGAAGGUUACGAUACCUUUGCCCCUGUUCUCGAUGCAGUCAUUAUGGACUACCAUAAGGUCAAAAAGGUGGAGCACCCUGCUCCAGACUUUGGUGACUUGGACAACUUGGACUUGGGCAAUCUGGACCCUGACAAUGAGAUGAUUGUCAGUACCCGUGUCCGCGUGGGUAGGAGUCACUCCGGGUUCCCAUUCCCACCUGCUGCUACCAAGGAUCAAAGGAAGAAAAUGGAAGAAAAGACCAUUGCAGCUCUAGAAACCCUGGAUGGGGAUCUUGCUGGCAAAUACUUCUCCCUAGAGACAAUGUCCAAGGACGACGAGAAACAGCUUAUUGCUGAUCAUUUCCUCUUCAAGAAUGAUGACAGGUUUUUGAGGGAAGCUGGAGGUUACAACUUCUGGCCCGUUGGUCGCGGUAUCUACUUCAGUACGGACAAGAAGUUCCUUACUUGGAUCAACGAGGAGGACCAUCUCCGUUUUAUCUCUAUGCAGAUGGGUGGUGACCUCGGUGCUGUAUACAAGAGACUUAUCAAAGCCUUAAAGACACUAAGCCAGAAGCUUGAUUUUGCUCACAACAAGAAGUGUGGUUAUGUUACCUUCUGUCCCACCAACCUUGGCACCACCUGCAGGGCUAGUGUCCACAUCAAGGUCCCCAAGCUGGCUGCUGCUCCAUCUACCGAAGGAAACAAGAGCAAGCUGGAAGACAUCUGUGCUAAAUUUAAUUUGCAACCCAGAGGAAUCCACGGUGAGCACACAGAAAGUGUAGGAGGUGUGUAUGAUAUCUCCAACAAGAGGAGACUGGGUCUGAGCGAGCUUGAGGCUAUCAUGGAAAUGAAGAACGGAAUUGUAGAAGUCAUGAAAGCAGAGAAAGCUUUAUAGACUGAACUGAAUUUUGUAAAAAUAUUGAAGGACCCAAUAUGACUAUGUUAAACAAAUGUUAUGUGUGACCAAAACUCCUAGAAAAUGGUAUGAUAUUGAAUAUGCUCUUGUCUAGAUUGUUCUGCUGGAAAAGGGAUGCUGCUGUCGAUAUAUUUGUGUGUUACAUUAACAUCAGCGGUUAGAACACCUGGGAUCAUAUUGCCUCAAGAAUUUGCCUCCGAUGCCGAAAAUGUUCUGUUACAAUCUAGAUCUGUGCGCUGAAUUGAUACCUGCAUGUUAAGACCAGUUGUGGGAUCCAGGAUAUGGUGCAGCAGUCUAGAAAAGGUGGAAAUGAUUCAAUAUUGUCACCAUUUUCCUAUUCCUUUGUAUAUAUAUUUAUAAACUGUUAUCCUCUAGUGUGAAAUCCUUAUGUGGGGUCUGCUAGAUCACUUUCUGGAGAUCCGAUUGCUGGCUUACACCCUUUCAUACUCACAUCCUUCCAUCCAAUCAGUGGAAAGCCAGCCAGAUGCAUACAUCUGAUUGGUUGGUGGCCAUCAAAGGCAACAAAUCUAAUUGGUUGGUGGCCAUGGGAUGCUGAUAUCUGAUUGGUUGAUAGCCAUCGGAUGCACCUUGUUGUAUAAUGUAUUUGCAUAGUAAUUAAAAAGCUGUGUGCCAAAAUAAGCUGUGAGUAAUAAAUACAAAACGCAUGUAGUCAUUCCUGGAAAUGAGACGUUAAAAAAAACAGACAUUUUACAACUUAUCUUCUUUUUUGCAUAAAAUUUUGAUGACUGGUCUGUAGUUAAGUUAUUUCCCUUGUCACGCAAGUUUAAUCAGCAGUGACAAAUCAUUUGGGGAAUUAUGCAGGGUUUACCCUCUUUUUGUUGGUUGUUUAACUUUUUACAUUAGAAAGUGUUCAUAUUGAUCUGAUAAGGGUACGACUGUGAUACUGGUGUACACUGCCGGAAUGUCUGGGUCUUGUCUCGCAGGGGACAGGACUUUAUGGCUAGUCUUCAGUUCUAGAGUUUCUAUAAUAUUAAAUUUGAUUGUGAUAAUCAGUUUUUGUUUUGUUUUCUAUAUUUAUUAGAGCAAUUAUGGUUCUUCAACUUGUUAUAUUUUGCAUAUGACAGCAAGAAAAUUGAUAUUUUUUCGAUUUAGCCUUGUCCCAUAAAAUAAACAAAUGAAAGGA